AUGUCGACUACAGCGGCACCACCCACGGGACCACGCCACAGUGGUCAACGCGGGCGGAGAGGCGGGCGGUCGGGGGGAGGAUCGAAUCCAGCGGCGUUGGCGCACGCAGACGACACGGAAGAGGUCCGGAAGCUGAGGUCCAAGUUUGGCGACAAACUUGGCAUGCUGAAGGAGCUCUUUUCAGACUGGACCGACGAGGACCUUCUCUUUGCUCUCCAAGAUGCCGGCGGCGAGGUAGAGCUGGCGGUGGGACGGAUCAGUGAAGGUCACGCCGAGCAAUUCUCCUCUGUCAAGUCCAAGAAGCAGGUCAAGAAGGAUCAGGUGUCGACGGCAACGCCGUCCACGUUUCAAGGUGCAAGCGGACCCGGUGUAAGCCAUGCUCCUACCUCAGCUGCCGUCCGAGGCGGUCGAGGCGGUGCUGCUGCGAGAGGCCGAGGUGCCCCAGCUGCUCGCGGAGCUCGUGGUGGCGCUCGUGGCGGCAUCCGUGGCGGAGGCGGUGCCGGUCGCGGUGGCGGCAUUGCCCCACAAACCAACGGCCACCUCGCGACCAGUGCAGCGGCGGGCCCCGACGCAGACCCACCCGCCACUUCGAGCACUGGCCCGAGCUGGGCAGACGCCGUCGCAGCCUCUACCAAGAUCAAUGGCAUCUCGGGUGUGGGAGGUGGCAACGACUGGGGCGACGACACUGAAGGCCUCAACCUCGCUGUCGAUGGAGUCGAGACUGCCCCUUCAGCGGUGGCUCCCAAGCCAGCUUCCACCGCUGGACAUUCCAAGCCUUCUUCAUCGGCCAUCAACGCUGCAGACAAUCCCAGCACGGCCGCAAAGACGAUUCCAAAGAACUCAAAGAUGAGUUGGGCCCAGAUUGCCAGACCUACCGAGCCUCCGAAGCCUCAGGGGCAGCAGCAGACGACUGCCCAAGGUGUUGGCGCCAAGACUUCGCAAGCUCCCCGACAGGUGGCACCUGCGGGAACAUCGACGACAGCUGAGUCUGUCCUGGCGCCGCAGCCCGCUCCGACAGCGGAUGCUGUCGUCGAAGAGACACCGACUGCUACUUCAGUGUCACAAAUUGACAAAGUCAGCGCCAGCAAGCAGGACGAGCAGCCUCUACCAACGACAACUACGACGACGACUGCUGCCGACGGUCUUACCAAGCCCGUCACGGAAGCAGGAGCUGGAAGCGCUACAACUGUCUCUUCCGUUGCUGUGCCUUCGGCUAACGUAGCAGAUGCAGCACCGGCAUCUAAGCCGGCUUUACCAAGGGCAACCUACAGCCAGCGCGCCCUCCAACGAUCUCGACAAGAGGCGGCCGUGGUCAUGCCCGGCGGAAACUCACAACUGGACAAUCUUGGGGUCAAGUUUGGAUCAUUGAACUUCCUGGGAGGAGAAGACGAAGUCGACGAGCAGGAUACCUCUAAUGCGCACGCUGACGCCGCUGCGGAACCUCCUGCUGUCGUCGCUGUCGAACAGGGUCAAGACAGUCAAGGCCUCGCUCCUUCUCAGCAGCAAGCCGCCUCACCAUCUGCGAACGAGACCCAGCGUCCGCAGCAGCCCGCCUACGGCAAUCGAUUUGCCGGCGCAGCUGCUUCAGCCGCUCCUCAGCAACAGCAAGAUGGAUUUACCACCAAUCAAUUUGGCUCCGGCUUUAACAAGACCGACGCCUUUGGGUACCAGCCUCAGCAGCAGUCCCAACAACAACCACAACAGCAACAGCACCAGCAACAGCACCAGCAACAGCAGCACCAGCAGACGCCUUCUCAGGCUCCGCAACAGCCCGCUCUUGCGCAAGCUCAGCAGGCGCAAACUGGCUACCCCCAAGGGCAGCAGCAAAGCCAAGGUGCUGAGCAAGGCCACCAAUACAGCGGGGCGUACAACCCACUCGGACAGCAAGGCCAACAGUCGUCACAGUACGGUGACUACUCGUCAAUGUAUGGUGGUGGUUUUGAUUCCCAAAGGCUUUCGGUGAGUCGUUCUCCCGGGUCGGUCAUAGUGGGGAAGCACGCUAAGUCUUCGGAGCAGAGCUUCUACGGCGCGUAUGACCAGUCGUCGGGCAACUUUGCGUCCAAGGGCUCGGGCGAAGAACGCUCGCUGCAGCAGCAGCCUGGAUCUCAGGCAUCAUCCGAUAUGCACGCAGCCACCUCUCAGGGCGCUGUUCCCGCUUCUAGUCAGCAAGGCCAGCAAAAUGUGCAGCAACACCAACAACACCAGGCCCCUGCUCAACAGCAGCAGCAACAGCAGUACCCUGGUAUGCUGCCAUACUACUACCCGCACUACUAUCCCCUCAGCCAAUUUCAGCACUACGCUCAGCCCGCUGCCGGUUAUGGCCAAUAUGCCAUGUACAACAAUCAGCCCCAACACCCGUCUAAGCCGGGAACGCCGGCCAGCCUGCAGUCGCCUUACUCUCAGAGCGGUCCUCACACUGACGCAGCCGGCUACGGUGCUCAAGGACAGUACGGACAAUCGCCCGCGACGGCUGGGCUUGGAGCCGGUGGCUACGAUGGCCAAGGCUUUGGCCAGAGGGUUCAGGGCAUGCCGAAUCUGGGAGCCGACUACGCGAAGUUGUAUGGAAGCGGUGGCGCUAGCGGUAAUACUGCUGGAACUGGCUCUCUUCCCGGUCUCGGUGGUUUCCUUGGCCAGGGCAGUAACAAUGGUGGAGCCCCGUCUGGACCGAACAAUGGCAAUGCAUCGACGCCUCAGCUCAGCGCGCAACAGAAUCAGCAAGGUGCCAAGACCAGUCACGGGUCGUCGCAGCAGCAAAGCACUGGUCCGAACACGGCCACGUCGACCUCUGCUGCUGGUUCGGCUGGAAUUGCUGGCGGCGCAAGUGGCGGCGGUCAAGGUGGCGCCCUCGAAAAUGCCUAUCGCCAGUACGACACCUCCAAGACUGGCGUGCCUACCAGUUCCCAGGCUCGUCCCCAGCAACAAGGAGGUCAGCAUGCUGCUAUGACGCCUCAGCAACAGCAACAGCAGCAGCAGCAGCAGCAGCAACAACAACAGUACUACCAGCAGUACAACGCCUACGCUGCCCAUCAGCCCAGCGGCUCGGCUGGUAAUUACGCAAACUACCCUUAUAGGCAGUACUGGGGUCACUGA